AUGGAUGACAAGGAAUUCAUCGCCCACCAUGAGCGGGCUACUCAUGAUAGUCCACUCUCCGAGGAAGAAUCACAGCUGAUGAGAUCUUUUGAAGGCAAGAAAGGGAAACGUGUCGUUCGCAAGAUUGACUACAGAUUGAUUUCCAUUCUAGCGAUUCUCUAUCUCAUGUCACAUAUUGAUCGGGCCAAUAUCGGAAAUGCAAAGAUUGAAGGAAUGGAGAAAGACCUGGGACUGGUCGGGAAUCAGUAUAAUAUCGCGGCGACUAUUUUCUUUGCUCCUUAUAUUAUCUUUGAGGUCCCCUCUAAUAUUAUCCUAAAAAAGGUCCGGCCUUGCAUUUGGCUUUCGCUGCUGGUGGUCGGUUGGGGGACUAUCAUGACAUUGAUGGGGAUUGUCCGGGAUUUUAGAGGUCUUGUUGCUUGUCGGGUGUUUCUCGGCCUAGUCGAGGCAGGAUUCUUCCCCGGAGCCGUCUUCAUCGUCAGCUCGUGGUACGUUCGCACCGAGCUCCAAGAACGCCUUGCCCUAUUCUACACUGCCUCUGCGUUUUCAGGCGCCUUCAGCGGUCUUUUAGCAUUUGCGAUUGCCAAACUAGACGGUGCACGAGGCAUUGCUGGAUGGCGCUGGAUCUUCCUGAUUGAGGGGGCAAUCACCGUUGCCGCCGGGCUCGCAAUGCCAUUUCUGAUCGUCGAAGAUCCUAAAAAUUGCAGAUGGCUGAGCGAUGAUGAAAAACGAUUUGUAGACUGUCGAUUGAGGUUGUCUGGCGUCCGCACAGCAUCGGAAGAAAGCGAUAAAUUCUCCUGGCGUCUUCUGUGGUCUGCACUGGUGGACUGGAAAGUUAACCUAGCCAUUCUCAUGGCAUGGGCCAACGCAGCACCAACCUCUGCAUUCAAGUUCACGAUGCCCCAAAUCCUCACCGGGCUGGGAUACUCCUCCAGCCACGCACAACUGAUGAGCAUCCCGCCGUAUGUAGCUGGGGGUAUUUCAGCCUGGGUGGUAGGCCGCUUUUCAGACCAGUUUGCGUGGCGGUUUCCGUUCGUGAUAGGACCCAUGGCAGUGCUGCUCACGGGACUGUCGAUACUGUUUGGCUUUUCGUCGAGUAUCGAAAGCCACGCGCAUGUUAUGUACUUUGCGAUUGUGCUUUCGCAGAUCGGAAUUUAUCCCCUUCUCCCUGGUGUUUCUGCGUGGACGGGGAAUAACCUCGCUCCGUCAUGGAAACGAUCGAUUGGAAUUGCGUGGGUGCUUGCGGCGGGGAAUUUUGGAAGUUUAAUCGGAACAAACGUGUUCCUUGACAGGGAAGCACCGGUGUACACUACGGGAUAUGCGACAUGUAUUGCGAUAGUCGUGCUGGGAAUGUUGGCAUGUAUGGUGAAUGAGGUGCUGUUAUUGCGAUGUAACAAGCAACGGGAUGAGGUGGCAGAAGCAGCACGAGAACAAUAUACCCAGGAAGAGCUGGAAAAACAAGGCGACAAGAGUCCGCUGUACAAAUACACUUUGUAG